AGAGGGCCGCAGAAGCGCAUCUGAAAGCGCACGAUGCGGUGACCACCGUCUUUGUUCGACAGCUAGCCAAAAGCCGCGUAGCUGCGAGGAUGACCGGAGUUCGCCUGAUGGUUUAUGCUCCCAGACGAGCUCAUGGUAAAGGAGACGGAGACAAUACACAGGCAUGGAGAGAUGAGACAGAUGGUGAGGGAGAAACAAGGACAGAAUAUGAGGACACGAGGGACGCAGAGGACGCUGUGCGGGGACUGGAUGGGAGGUUGCUCUGUGGGUCUCGCGUGAGCGUGGAGAUGUCCAACGGCGUGGGCCGGCGCUCGCGCUUUGGCCGCCCACCGGCACGCCGCCCCUUUGACCCGACGGACCGCUGCUACCAGUGUGGCGAGCGCGGCCACUACGCCUACGACUGCCACCUGUACGGGCGGCGCAAGCGAGGCGGCAGGAGCCACUCGCGCUCCCGCUCGCACUCGCGCUCCCGUUCCCGCUCCCGCUCGCGAACUCGCUCGCGCUCCCACUCCCGAGGACGGCGCUACUCGCGCUCUCGCAGCCGGUCCCCGCGCAGGUCUCGCUCGCGCUCGUACGAGCGGAGACGAAGCAGGUCCGGCUCGGAGCGGAGGCGCUCGCGCUCGUACUCCCCCCGGCGCCGCUCGCGCUCUGCCUCCCCUCGCCGCUCGCGCUCGGGGUCCCUGCGGCGCCGCUCGCGCUCCCCGUCUCCCGCCCCACGCUCCAGCCGCUCCAUGUCCCACCGCAGUGCCAGUGGCCGCAAGGACCUGGACUGAUCUCGCUGGCAAUGAGGAGGAGGAAGAGACACGAUCACACAAAAGAUAACUACGAGCAGCCCUGCCCACUGCCCGACAGAACAGCCACUACUGCGCUCGCACGUACACACACACGCACGCGCCUCGUCACUACCGCAUGUAGCACCGCAACCAGUCCUUGCUCCUUUCAUUUCCCCAACUCCUCUUGCCGCAUUUGACCACCGCACAGCUGCAGAGGAUCCGUGAUAAGCCCUCGGUAACAGGACAGCCUCGCCUGGGUCUCUUAUAUCCCACUUUUUUUUUUCCACCGCACGACCGAACUGUGCCAGUGCCGUGCUCCUGGUUCUUUUUCCACUGCCAGGACCAGAGCUGCGCUGCUGACAGUCGCUUGUGUAACCUCCCGCAGGUGCGCCGACUUCUGCAACGUACAAUGAAAAUGGUCUCUUCUGUGUCCUCAACCCACCGAGCCAGAUUUCAUUGAGUUUCAUGCUUUGGUUUCCGGCUCUGUUUGGCAAACAGCCAGUGGAAAAGUACCCAUCAUCCAGGGGGCCAGUGGAGAAGAGAGGUAUCAGGAGAGAAGUCCUUAAUAGUCAUGUUUGACCAAUUCCCUUAUUCAUGGGCACGUAACGAUUCGGAGCAUGUUGGCGAUUUUGGUCGUGGCGAUAUAUAACGGGGCAGGGGGUGGGGCGGUCACGGUUCGGGUUCAAGGAUUGAUUUCUCACGGUCUUAUACCCUUUCGGUUGUUAUUGCCAGCCUUGUUCUGGCUUUUCCUGGUCCUCUGCUAGCUGAAAUCCACGUGGGCAAAUUGUAUAGAUUGUACAUAAUCGGUUCAGGGGCGUUCGUCCGAGCAUGAUAAUUAAUUUUUAUCCACGAUUCGUUACACGCCUACAUGUUAAGUUUUGUUUUAACGUGGCAGGAAGCUCCGUGCCCGGAGAGAGAUAAUUCUUUCUCCCGACUGCCCCAACAUGCGACCGUUUCAAUCCGCCGAUGAGAGAUUGCCAAACAUCCCCAGGGUGUGACGACGAACAUCUGGGGUCCAUCCCAUUGCUUGCAGGAGCUCCCCCUCCAUGCUGCGGAAUUCGAUUCCCCGUCAGAUAAUUGACCGCCCUGACCGAAGGUAAAACAAAAAUUAAAACAUACCCGUUCUGCCUCGCCUUCACAGGCGAAAACCGAAAUCAAGCUAUGAAAUGUACGGUUAGCAGAUCAACUAAUUGCUAUUUUAAUUUGCAUUGGGUUAAUGUUUUAAAUGGCGGAUAAUUUUGCGUACAGGGUGGGAGGCGCGGCGCUUGGCUGCACCAUUGGCCAGCACCGCGUCGGCCGACAUUCACCCAGCAGAACUCCGAAUCCUUCAUCGACAACAUCUCUCCAACACGACCUUUCACGCCUGUUUGUGGAUUUAUACAUAACUUGACAUUUCUUGUACGCAUGUUGAACUUCUUUUGCACCGUACGUGGCCAACUGUGCUAAUCGGAGGUGCGGGGGAAGGACAAACUAAACUCACGUGUGAGCACGCACACACCCAAUAUGAUUCUGGAAAAUAAUUAGACGUUUUUUGUUGGCGUGUGGGAGGGAUUGCGCCUAAAUAACAAUCCAGUCAUACUAUAGGCAAACGGAACACUUAGAAUUUGCUGUGCAGGCAGCACAUCGUCGGCCCAGUAUGUGGACGUCUCGCGCACGCAUGCUUGUGAUCGGCCAACCCCUUAUUCGCACAUCCAAUCAAAACCACGCCUAGUGUGGUUAUAUCGGUGUACGCUGUACAGCAUAUUACUUCCACGGGCUGUCAGAAAUGUCAUUCAAAGGAAGUUUGCGUGUGAAAAUAACAUGUAGUUGAUUUUAGAUACGAAUGUGGUUUUAUAUUAAAUCUUAUUUUGUCCUUUAGUUCCUGUGGCUUUUUUAUGGAGCUAUGGGGCCCACAUGCGCUCUACCACGGCGGAGAGGGCGGUGCGAGCAACAGCCAUUGCUGCUUUACUUUUAUUUUCUGUGCUCCCCACGUCUCUGUAACCCCCCCCCCUCCGCCUUCACCGACCUCCCCCACUGACCAGCGAAGCGCUUCACGGUGGGGGUGGAAAGCCCCUCAUCCAGCAGUGGAUUGACCAGGGCUGCGUGCGUGUACCACCUGCGCUGAGUUAACGCAACCUGCUUGGAGACGGGCACGAGCUACCAACAUCUGGGUGCGCGCAAAGCUCCUGUUCCUGUCGUGUAGCAAGUAACUCGACAGGUUAAAAUAAUUUGUGAGUACGCAAACAUGUGAAGUACUGUAUGGGUCCUCAAACUCUCCGCUUUAUCCAAGGCUUGUUUAUACUACAAUGUCGCUCUUCCUAACUUCACAGUUGAAGCGUUUGUGCAGCACAAAAAUUGCAUCAAUGCUGUAGAGGCCUAUUGCAUUUUUAUUAGGAAUUGCAACUUGACCCAUACCUAGCGGUGGUACGAGGACGCCGCUUUCUGCAAGCGAUAGAGCUGCUCUCUGGCUCUGCCGCGAACACGCACUCAGCAAAUCGCGUACCUUCACGAUUUCACUUUGUAAGUGAAUGGAGGGUGCUGUAAAUAGCGGGCUGUGAAAUCGUAAAAUUGAAAUGCGUUUCCCAGUCUCCCGCUUAAAUUUCCGUCCCGCCUUGUUAUCUUUUGACUCUGUACAGCAACCUCUAGGCCUGCUGUCCUCUCUCCUCGCUGACACCCCCCCCCCCCUCCCCGCCGCCGCCGCUCCGAUUCAUUCUUUACCUCUGCCCCUACUCAAAACAAGAUAAGGCCGCGGCGUCCGGGCUAAACGCCGUCGCAUCGACCGCCCCAAAACUCAAAACCGAGAGUGAGAGACGAGGUGCCGGGUUUGGACCGCGAGCGUUGGAGUCGCCAAGCCGCCGUUGCCUCCCGCCCUUUCCGCGGUGGAAAGCGUUUGCGGGCGCCCGGGCCAACAGUUGGUUCUUGCACUAAGAGACCUGGUGGCUCGAAUGCAAUCGUGCAACACGUGAAAGAGCAACGCGAUCGCAAUGUAACCCUGUAAAUGAAAUUUCAAUGCGGCGUUGCUCUUUUUUUUUUUACACGUGCAAAUUGUAAUCGACCACUUCCCCCGUGUCUGUGCGCGACCGAGCGGGACAAAUGAGACACGGGUGCCCCUCCCCCCCCCACCUAUGGCGGACAAAGCAUUGCAGAGCCUGAUAAAACUGAAAUUCCACCAGGCACGAACUCUGAACCGAUCAGGAAGGGGUUCAAGUGGAAAAAGAAUGCAAUAAAGCGUUGAGAACUGCCGUACUUUUUUUUGCGCGUGUAAAACAUCGAGACGCGCGAGUUGUCCCCGUCGUGAAAUAUGAAAGCUAAGAAAGGGCUUGUUUGUUAGGAAUCGGCAAGUAUAUCCCCCCCGCCGGCCUCCCUACCUGUGCCCCUAGGCAAACGUUCUGAGGCCCCUCAGCAUUUGUGGCUGGGUUCGACUCGCGCACGUGUGUGAACCGUGCAAUGCUUCCCUCCGCUUGGUGUGGUACAAUGCAAGGCUGUCUCCAGGGUUCGAUUGUCAUCGAGAACCGUAACUGCCACGUUGAUUUUUUUUGUUAUUUCGGUUUUUUUUCGCUUUACCAGGCUAUGCGCGGGUUUUGUAUAAAAUGCCUAACGUUAUGGAGCCAGUGGGUGCCACAGGUGCAAUGUUGGUAUUGCAAAGAUUAAAGUGAAGGAAUUUCAUCGUUAACCUUGCCACGAGGACGAUAUGGGGAGCGUCAAAAGUCACUGCGUCCCCAAAUUCAAAUACGUUUUGGGUGGCAGUCUAUUGGUGGCCCUGAGACAGUGAUGGAAAUUCCACAUUCCUGUGGCGAGCAUUGGCCUUUCUGUAAGACGAACGUUUGACAUUAAGUGGUACUAAUUUUACAGACCCCAGGGAGGCAUGAUGGGCUCGGGUGAUCCCUGACCUAGAUUUGAACUCUUAGCCAGAGGCGCCAUCAAAUCGGGGGCGAGGAUGGCGGUAAUUUCUGGCAAAGCACGUAUGGUACACACCUGAAAUUCGGCCAUACAUUUUCAAAUACCUGGGGUUUAUUUAAAGUUGUGUGUCAUGGGAUAAAAGCAUAAUCUAUAGCUUCUUCCAGCAUCGUGAACAGCCAUAGAUGUGUGCUUUGUGGUGCGAUUGUCUCCUGAGUCCGUCGACUGUCGUUUGUUCGGUCAUCUUGGGUGAAACCGAGUUUUUGCUGACAGCUUUUGAGUGUUUGUACUGUGACGUGAGCGGCUGAUGCGGUUUACUUACGAUGAUUUGUUUUAUGCUUCGUUUUGUUUACCCUCAAUUUAAUUUAUAUUUUUUAAAGUCGAUAAUAUGUUCAAAUCCCCCAAAACGUUGGCACGGAUUUGAACGAUUAAUUACCCCCCCGCCCCCCUCCCCCCCGUUUGCGUUACUUUGAUAAAAAAAAAUAAAACCAUUGUAAGAAGAUAACCGAGGCAGAAAUUUCCCCCGUUGGGACCCGCUGAAGUCCAAUCCGUUCGGUUUCGGUUAUCCAGCCCGGGUGUUUUUUUUGUGCCACCCAGCUUCAGCCUGAUCAGACAUGAUGCCUUUUUAUCUUGGUCAGCUGCUGGUUUGUUGAGUGAGGUGAAUAAAAAUGUUAUGUUUGAGCCAGUCAAAGCAGCGUUGAUAUCCCAAUCUUUUGAUAGCACAGCGCUUGUCCUCGUUUCCACAGAAAAGAUUCGCUCGGGUUUGGAUCGAUCGUUAAGGCGUUACGUGCCGAUUUCACGCUGCCGUUAAUUGUGUUUUGCCUCGUGUCAGCGUUUGCAUCCAGAUUGUUCACCCUCGUGCAUGGAUCGUAAAAAUUAUAACGUAAAACCGCUGCCCUGUACGGUGUUGACUAGAGGUCACUCGAAUACCGAAGGGGUCUCAGGUAGCUCUGUGAUGUCUGCUUCUGCGGGCCGUUAACUCACACGGUGGUUUGCGCUGCUCUCUGAGGCUUCCGAACAGACACCGCCUCAUGAUAUGUAUAUGAGAGCGCGAUUCGUCAUACAUUGGAGGUGGGAAAUAACAAAGAUGUGAAAACCCAAGCUAAUUUGUUUUGGGUGUAAUAUGAAUUUGUCAGGAUUGCCCCCCCCCCACCCCCUUCCGUCAGAUCUGUUGAAAAUAUUUAAUCAUUCACAAACAAUCUGGUCAUGUUCUCUGCAGUGGACUCCAUCGGCCACCUUCGAAUACCAACAAGCGCUGCUUCACCCAGAGCUUCUGCCGUGGUAGCCGCCUUGGCCACCACUAGGCGGCAAACACGGAGUAAGAUGAUGUCCUUCAGAGGGAACUUGCACCAAAAAUAUUUGAGGCGUGUGCGCAGUACGUCGACAACCGUGACGUUGCGUUCAAUCGCCGUCAGUUUUCUGUGGCAUCGCUGAGACGAUAACGUCGGCAAGUCGUAGCGGUCGACGGCAGUGGACGCGGUGCACGAGAGGGUUAAUCUGGAUGUUGACUCGGCAGUUACCCUGGACGAGGGGGAUGAACAAUGUGUGUGGAGGGUUUUUUGUUCGUCUUCUGUGUUGAUUUGCAUCACUCCCGUCAUUGUGUGGUAUACGUGUGGCGGUGUGAUCUUUUUUUUACUAUUGAGUCGAUGUUAUGAUAUUCGUGCUGACGACGAUGACACCCCGUGCGUUAAUAACCCGGCAGGUUACCGUGAAUUUGACACGAAAACCCCUCGCGGCCUCUCGUUCCCCCGCACCUCGAGUGGACAACAACGAAAACGCCACCGCGUGAAUUUUUUGUGAGCGAGCUGUUGACCAUCUCUCCCCAUUGCGUUUUCCGGUCCCGACUUUCCACUGCGCCUGCCUGGCAGCUGCCUUGGCGAGGUGUUAACGACCUCGCCUGGAAUGCAGGAGGUCGUGGGCUCGAUGCCGACCCUGAGGCCUGCUGCUGUAUAUUUGGAGUGUUCGUGUCGAUUUUUCUCCGGGUCUUCCGGGUUUUCCCUCCACAUUUCACAUCAACAUCACGUGUUUUACAGUAUUUGGCUGCUAUAAAUGUCCACAUGAUAAGCCACCCUGUUGAGCUAUCUUUUGUGGCUGGGUCGCUUCUGAAAGAUAUCUAUAUAGCUCAUUGGGCCUUACCUGGUAAAAUACAACAAAUGUAAUCGAAAUCCAUCGUUGAGAGUCUCAUGUAUGUUGAACUCUUUUCUUACCGGACGCAGUCGAUCAGUUCCAUUCAGCCCAUGGCUGUUUUUUAGGUUCAGUGGGUAAAAUAAGUUGAAGCUUAUUCAUUUAAUCAUUUGGGUACUGAAUUCAGAAGCGCGCAAUCUUAAGGAGUACAUUUUGCCUUGCAAAUUCAAAUUAGUGUGAAGCUCCCGGCAAAUGGGGCGAAACGUCAGACAUCGUGCUGAACAACACGCGGUACACCCUAAAAACGCAUCGGAGGUCUGAAAAUUACUUUUGAAUUUUACAUUGUCACAAAAACCUUCCGACUAUUGUACGCAUGGUGCUGAAUGUACAUUCAAGAUUUGAAAAAAAAAUAACGCUUCCAAGAAUACACCGCAGCCGUUCUUUAUACACCCUGGCGAACGCCGCGCAGUCCCCUUGCUGUUCAGCAGCUGUAGAUUGGGCGGGUAACGGGGAGUCGAAUCGAUCCGUUCCUCGCCGACACCGACCUUGACGGGAGACCGCGCGGGGACUGUGUCCUGGCAACGAUUGCGAGCCCUCGUUUUUUUUUCUGGCUCGAUUUUCUUUUUUUUUGUUAUAUUUCGUUUUUUGUUGCGUUUAUUGGUUUCGAAGAUGUGAACGAGCCGAGGCUUUAUUCUGUUUUUGAACAGCCAGAGCCUCGAAUAAAGCCGAGUGAUUUCA